UAGCAAUUAGUUUUGUGUCUUUAUUAGGAGUAGAAUAAUUAUAGAAAUGGUUCGUAUAUCGGUAUUAAAUGAUUGUUUGAAUGGGAUUAUGAAUGCAGAAAAGCGAGGAAAACGACAAGUUCUUAUUCGACCAUCGAGUAAAGUUAUUUUAAAAUUUUUGACUGUUAUGCAGAAACAUGGUUAUAUUGGAGAAUUCGAAGAAAUUGAUGACCAUCGUAAUGGUAAAAUCGUUGUUCAAUUAAAUGGACGUUUAAAUAAAUGUGGGGUGAUUUCACCCAGAUUUAAUGUUCGCCUUAUAGAUAUUGAGAAAUGGGUUACUCGGCUACUACCUUCUAGACAAUUUGGAUUUAUAGUUUUAACAACAAGUGCUGGUAUUAUGGAUCAUGACGAAGCUCGAAGAAAACAUGUAGCUGGAAAAAUUAUUGGAUAUUUUUACUAGAUAAUCCUUUCUAUUUAAUAAUUUCAAUAUUAAAAAUAAAAAUU